GGUUCCCGGGGCGGUGCCGGUGCCGCCAUGGCCGCGGUGCCGCUGCGGGGCCGGCGUGCGGCGCUCGGGCCGGGAGCAGCCGGGGAGCCGGAAUGCAAGCGGCUGUGCAGGCUGCUGGACACCGUCCCAGGCCAGGCUGCUGCCCAGCUCAGGGACUGUGCCAUGGACCUGGAUCCCAGGCACAAACUCCUCCCCGACUCUGCUCCCUGGGCUGCAAAGGCAAAGCAGAAUUCUGUGGUUUUGGAAAACCAUGGGAGCAAAGGCAUUUCCCAGCCCUGCCCAAGAUGUGUUGCUGGAGAAUCUGGCCACUUCAGUCACAUCCUGGGCUCCUAGAACAGCAGAGGAGCAGCUCUGCUUUCUGCUCCUGCCUCCUGCCCUGGGCACCAUCCCUGCUCUGCACCCCUGCCCAAAACCCUCUGCUCCUCAGGGAGCGCAGAAUUGUCCAAAAAGCACAAGGAAAGGAUUAUUUCAUGUUUAGGUAACUCAGAAUUUGUCCAAAAAGAACAAGGAAAGCUGAUUUCAUGUUUAGGUAACUCAGAAUUUGUCUAAAAAGGACAAGGAAAAGGAUUAUUUCAUGUUUAGGUAACUCAGAAUUUGUCUAAAAAGGACAAGGAAAAGGAUUAUUUCAUGUUUAGGUAACUCAGAAUUUGUCUAAAAAGGAAAAGGAAAAACAGAUUUCAUGUUUAGGUAACUCAGAAUUUGUCUAAAAAGGAAAAGGAUUAUUUCAUGUUUAGGUAACUCAGAAUUUGUC